AUGGCCCAGACACAGGAUCCAGUAAAAGACUAUUGGUCUACGGAGACCUAUGCAGCUGCGGCUUCCUUCGUCCCGCAUUUUGCCGACACCCUCGUCCAAAGCAUAGAAUUCGAUCCUACGGAUAGAGUUCUCGAUAUUGGAUGUGGUGAUGGCAAAUUUACUACCAGCUUUGCUCCCUCGGUCAAUUAUGUUAUGGGCGUCGACUCUUCUCCGUCCAUGAUCAACACGGCCAAGACAUUGGAAUACGGUGGAGCAGCCACAGAUUUCCGCGUUCUCGAUUGUCGGCACCUUGAAGAAGAUGCAGACGUUAUGUAUGGGAACUGGGACAAAGUCGCCUCCAAUGCUGCAUUCCAUUGGAUCUUGAAAGACCCGUCUACCCGUAUCUCCACAUUGAAGAAUAUCUUUCAAUCAAUGAAGCCUGGGGGCACAUUCUUCUUUGAGAUGUGCGGGCAUGGAAAUGCACCGGAAAAGGUCACAGGAUUUAUGUUCGCUCUGGUCAACCAUGGAGUCCCAAUCGAGACAGCGGAGGCUAUGUGCCCUUGGUUUUAUCCCUCCGACGUCUAUAUGAAGAACAUUCUCGAGAGCGUUGGAUUUCAGGUUAAGAUGAUUAAACUUGAUCUGCAUUCGUUGGAGCUGACAUCCUGUGAUAAUGGUGGACUGGAAGGAUUCAUGAGACUGAUCGGCGCUCAGAUGCUGGAUCUUUUGGAUAGCGAGGAGAAAAAGAACAGUGCCGUGGAGCAAAUCUGCCGAAUGCUGCGCUACGGCACCACAAGAGAAGAUGGCAGUCAAUGGAUCACAUAUGCCAGUCUGAGAUGUGUUGCUAUUAAGCCGUGA